GUUUUGGUUUCGGAACUUGUUUCGCACACGUUGGUGGCGGUUGCAGAAACAUGCGUAUUGCGAGUAGAUCUUGCCUUCGACGAUUUCUCUCAUUUACGUGCCUUCGCCAGGAUUUUAAUGUGAGGUGUUCUACUGCGAGUGCUGCAGAGGGCUCUCGGCAUCUCUGCAAAGAUCCGGUGAUCAUAGACGGCAGGCAGUACGAACCCGGCGACCAAUGCAACCUUACGGCGCGCAUCCUAGAGCACACGACUCGAAAGUUGCACUUGAAGAACUGCCAUCCCGUGUGCCUGGUUAAAAGGAGAAUAUGUGAUUUUUUCGAGAAGUACACGAAUCGGCGGGGAAAUCCGUCAUUUUCUGUCUAUGAUCGACUCAGCCCCGUGGUGACGUUGGAGCAGAAUUUCGACAGCCUGUUGGUGCCAGCCUCUCAUCCAUCGCGGUGCAAAAGUGACAGCUACUACAUCAACAAUGAGCUGAUGUUGCGGGCGCACACAUCGGCUCAUCAGCGUGAUCUAGUUAAAGCGGGCCUCGACGCAUUUCUUGUUGCCGGAGAUGUGUAUCGGAGAGACGAGAUCGACAGACACCACUACCCGGUGUUUCACCAGAUCGAAGGCGUCAGGCUGUUUUCAGCAGACGAACUGUUUCCAGGGAGCAAUCAUGGUCUGUCCCUGUUUGAAAGUGGUACCCGUGAGUCUGACAAGCAGGGUCUGCAUACACGUGAAGCAGUCAAACUUCUAGAGCAUAGUCUCAAGACAUGCUUGCAAGGUCUGGCUCAGCAGCUGCUUGGCCCUGAAACGGAGAUUCGUUGGGUGUCUACCUAUUUCCCAUUCACUCAUCCAUCAUGGGAGCUUGAGGCAAAGUUUCAAGGGGAUUGGUUGGAGCUGUUGGGCUGUGGCAUCAUGGAACAAGAAAUCCUUUUCAAUGCUGGUGUGGAGCACAAAGUUGGCUGGGCUUUUGGUGUGGGCCUGGAGCGUCUUGCCAUGGCACUGUACAACAUCCCUGACAUCCGUGCUUUCUGGAGUACUGACCCAGCUUUUUUCGUCCAGUUUGAACACAACGACCCCUAUAAGCCAGUUGUCUUCAAGCAACUAAGCUGCCACCCUCCAUGCAUGGCAGACAUGUCUUUCUGGACACCACCCGAGUUUGCGGCGAAUGACUUCUUUGACAUUGUUCGCUCUUGUGGUGGUGACCUUGUGGAACGUGUGGAGCAUCGAGAUACCUUCAUCCACCCAAAAACCCAUAGGACCAGCCACUGCUACAGGAUAGUGUACCGGCAUAUGGAACGGGCGCUCAUCCAAGAAGAAGCCAAUGCCAUUCACAGGCAGAUUGGUGCCAAAGCAGAAGAGCUCCUUGGUGUUGAACUGCGCAUCAAAUGAUCUGUAUUUGGGCGUAGCCUUACCUGUAUAAACAUU